AUGAAGCUUAAGGCUUUAAAGAAGCAACAUAUGGCAAUCAGUAACACAGUACAAAAGUUAAAUAUGACCUUCAGUGUGCAACUCCUUGCUACGAUAACCAUAAUUUUUUGUCAUAUGAAUAUUGAAUUGUAUUCCAGUCUAUUACAUUGGCAUGAUGGAUUGGUCAUUAAAUUGGAUAAACAAAUUGGUAAGAUGAUCUUAAAUUCAAUGACGUAUUACAUUAUAAAAAUCACAUUUAUUAUGUGGGUCUGCGAGACCGGCAAGAAUCAGGCUCAAGAAAUCCGCACUACGAUUCACGACGUACUUAACAGCACCAGAGAUGAGCAAAUCAAACAUGAGUUGCAGUUGUUUUCCUUACAAACAAUGCACUGCAAAAAUACAUUUUCCGCUAAAGGUUUCAAUAUGGAUGCAACGUUUCUUACUACAGUGAGUAAUAGAGCGUUUGCUUUUAUUAAUAAAAUGUUUCUCUUUAUUUUUUUCAUCUUCGUUUUAGAUGACGG